CAACUUUUUAGGCUUCUGAAAUUCUACUUAGCCCUUUAAUUUUGCAGCUUUUGCCUUAUCCGAAACUACAUAUAAGAAUAGAGAGAUGGCAAACGAGCAAACAAUGAAGCCGCUAGCCACGCUGCUUUUGGGGCUGAACUUCUGCAUGUACGUCAUAGUUUUGGGCAUUGGUGGAUGGGCCAUGAACAGAGCUAUAGAUCAUGGUUUUGUCAUAGGUGCAGGACUUGAACUACCAGCACAUUUUUCACCAAUACAAUUCCCAAUGGGAAAUGCAGCCACUGGGUUCUUUGUGACAUUUGCUUUGAUAGCUGCAGUUGUUGGCGUUGGAUCAGUCAUCUCAGGAAUCAAUCACAUCCGAUCAUGGACUUCAGAGAGCUUGCCAUCUGCGGCUUCCGUUGCCACCAUUGCAUGGACCCUCACACUUCUUGCCAUGGGCUUUGCUUGCAAAGAGAUUGAGCUAAACAUCAGAAAUGCCCGCUUGAAAACAAUGGAGGCUUUUCUAAUUAUCCUUUCAGCUACACAGCUUUUCUACAUUGUUGCUAUUCAUGGUGCUGCUUCAUUGAGGAGAUAAACUUGAUAGCUUAUUGUGUGUUGGUUGGCGUGCUUUUCCCUUAUUUUUUUCCAUCAAUUUUCUUUUUUGUUUGUCUAACUAUGUCUUCCUAUUUAAUUUGUGAUGUAAUUUACAUGAUUGGAUUUGGAUUUGGAUUUGUGUACAUUGAGAAUAAGUUGUGUACAAAGACUAAGAAUAAAAUUAUUUGAACCAUUUUUCGUUUGUUGCAAA